AUGGCGAACACCCAAACGUUAAGGGAGCUGGCUGCCCCGGAGCUGACUCACCAGCCCUUAUGCAUCACAUUCCCCACUUUGGCUGAGAAUACUGCUUUCGAACUGAAGUCGGGGUUGAUUCACCUCUUACCUUCUUUCCAUGGUCUCUCUGGUGAAAAACCCCACAAACACGAUGCAGCUAAAGAUUGGCUAUACUACCUACCAGCAGGUAGUAUUACUACAUGGGCACAGUUAAAAAAGAAGUUUUUGGAAAAAUUCUUUCCUGCAUCCCGGGCUACGAGUUUGAGGAAGGAAAUCUGCAACAUUAAACAGUAUCCCGGGGAGUCCUUGUAUGAAUAUUGGGAAAGGUUUAACAAGUUGUGCACUAGAUGCCCGCAGCAUCAAAUUAGUGAACAACUGUUAAUCCAAUACUUCUAUGAAGGACUCCAAUCAACUGAUAGGAGUAUCAUUGACGCUGCGAGUGGGGGAGCACUGGCAAACAAGACACCGAAGGAAGCAUGGGAGUUUAUCGAAACCAUGGCAGAGAACUCCCAGCAAUUUGGCUUCCGUGAAAGCAACCCUACCCGUAGAGUCAACGAGGUAGAGACCUCAUCCAUACAGCAACAACUGUCAGAAUUGACGUCUAUUGUUAGGAAAUUAGCCAUGAGAGACACGCCGCGAGAGAAAGUAUGUGAAAUUUGCACGAGUAUGGACCAUUGCACGGACACGUGCCCCAUGUUGCAAGAGGACGGGAUGGAACAGGUAAAUAUGGCCGGAGGCAUGCCCGCGCCUCGAAAAUCGUACGACCCAUACUCCAGCACGUACAAUCCGGGUUGGAGAGAUCACCCCAAUUUCAGCUAUGGUAAUAGGCCACACAAUGCAUUCUCCAAUCGUCCACCAGGAUUUCAACAACCUUGGCAACAAAAGUCUCAACUCUCAUCCUCUAGCUCAGGAAAUUCUUUGGAGGAAAUUGUUAAGAGUUUGGCAACAACCACCACUCAGCUCCAGCAUGAGACUAGAGCCUUAGUGACGAUCACUGCUCAACUCCAACAAGAGACUAGGUCCUUGGUCGCGAGCACUACUCAGUUUCAACAGGACACCAAAGCAGGCAUGAAAGACAUGGGGACUCGAAUGAGUCAAAUGGCAACUGCCAUUAAUCGCCUGGAGUCCCACGUUUAUGGGAAACUGCCAUCACAACCCGAGGCAAAUCCCAAGAACGUAAGCGCCAUGACAUUAAGAAGUGGAAAAGAGGUGGAGGGAUCUAAGUUGGUAAAUUCGAAAAGCAAAAGUGAGGAGGAGAUAGAAAAAGAGAUUGAAGAGGAAGGGCGCAUUCGCGAAGACCCUAAGGAAGUUGGCAGUUAG